AUGUCUAGCCGGAGCAAAAGCAUUGGGCAAUCGAUUGGAGCUGCUCAUCAGGCACAGAGGAUAGGCAUGGAUGACAGUGAUAUUCCAAGCCAGCUGUCACUCUUCAUUCUAUUUUCCUCCGCUCAUAUCAUCUUCUUCGCAAAUAUCGGGCUUGACAGAAUACUAGUACUAGUAUUCUGCGUGCACCCACGACAAGUCCCUACUAGGCAAGAGACGUAUCUCAUAAGAAAGAACAUCAGCUUGCACAUCUUUGAUGCUGGGAUAAAAUCAAAAUAA